GCUGUCCUUAGCUAUUUCCGGUGCGCCGCCGCAUGGGGCGCCUGGGUCGGGGGACUUCCACCAUGGCGGUGUUUGCUGGCCCAGCUAAACCGCUCCUGUCGCUGAGCCCGAAGGACGAUACCAGAUUUCAGAAGGAGGUGGUGCAGGUUCGCCGGCGGGCGGUCCAGCAACAGAAGAAAGAAAAACCUUCUUCCGGAGUGAUCUAUGUGGGACACUUACCUUCAACAAUUUAUGAAUCCCAGAUCAAGUCCUAUUUCUCCCAGUUUGGCGCUGUUAAAAGAUUCAGGCUAUCCAGAAGUAAAAGGACUGGAAAUAGCAAAGGUUAUGCCUUUGUGGAGUUUGAAUCUGAAGAUGUUGCCAAAAUUGUGGCGGAAACAAUGAACAACUACCUUUUUGGUGAAAGGCUUUUAAAAUGUCAUUUUGUACCGCAUGAAAAAGUACACGAAGAGCUUUUUAGAAAUUGCUGUGUCCCGUUCAGAAAACCAUCGUUCCCUGCAGUGAAACGGUACAACCAUGACCGGUCACUUCUUCAAAAGCUACAGAUGGAGAGGAGAUUUCAAAAGAAAGAAAACCUACUCAGGAAGAAACUGGCUAAGAAAGGAAUUGAUUAUGAGUUUUCUCCAUUGAUUUUACAUAAGAAGGGGAAAAAAAGUGCUUCAUCUGCUGAUCCAGACAUGUCUACAAAGAGUCAGGUUUUACCAAAGAAAAAGAAGAAAAAGAUCUCAGUUAGUUCUGACACUCCUGAGAAGACUGUGGAUAGCCAGUCUUCCACACCAGUAUGCACACCAACAUUUUUGGAAAAACGAAAAUCUGAAGUGGCUGAAAUGAAUGACGAUGAUGACGAUAACGAAAUAGUUUUCAAACAGCCUAUACUUGGUGUCAAAGAAGAAACACAAGAGACUCUGGCACCUGCACACACAAGGAAAAGAAGGCGAAAAAGCAAUCAGUGAUUCUGAAUUGUACAUGCAUAUAUAUGUAUGUAUGUGUUCUGAGAAAUUGUAUUUUGUUAUGAAGAAUGGUUGUAUUUAACCAGAUACUAUGAAAUGCAACCAUUGACCAGGAAAAAAAAAGUGUUGGCUUAAGCCAAUAAGGAAAUAUAGGGCCAGGUGGUGUCACAUCUACAAUGCCCAAGGACCUGGGUUUGAGCCCUUGGUCCCCACAUACAGAGAGAAAGCUUUACAAGUUUGUGAAGCAGUGCUACAGGUAUCUCUUUGUCUUUCUCUCUCUCUCUGUCUCCUUCUCUUUUGAUUUCUGGCUGUCUCUGUCCAGUAAAUAAAGAUAAUAGAAAACUUUUUUAAAAAAUGGAGAAGUAAAGAAAAUAAAGUCGGGGUCUGGCAGGUGUCGUGGGGCAUAAAGCAUUGGACUCUCAAGCACGAGGUCCCAAGUUCAAUCCCCAACAGCACAUGGACCAGAGUGCUGUCUGGUUCUUUCUCCUCCUUUCUCAUUAAUAAAUAAAAUGUUUUUAAGUCAGUAAUUCUGAUUAUACUACACCAAAUGUAAUAUAUGAAAUGUUGAACUACAAAUCAACCAGAUUCAUACUACCUCUCAGUCACCAGUUUCCUUCAUACCUAUCCUAGCUUUUUUUUUUUUUUCGGGGGGGGUUGCUUAAUGAGGGAAAUUGUGAUUUACAAGACAUUGAGAUGUGUACAUCUUCCCAUUCACCAUUUUUUACUCAUUCUGCCUGGAGAGAAGGGUCACCAUUAACAGUAGUUUAAGUCACAAACUGUAUCCUUUGCUGUUGUUAAGUAAAGAAAUCUUGUUCUACCUG